GGUGCGGCGGCGCUGGAGGUGAGUGCGGUGACGCCGUGGCGGGUCCCGGGCUUCAGGGCGGGGUAGAGUCGCAGAUGCUGAGAUUUCAUCUCAGAAAUCUUGUUGGCCCUCUCUUCAAAAUAUAUCUACAACCUGAGAAUUUACCGCCUCUACUGCUACCUGGUGCAAAAGUUGGCUCUGGAGAGUGGUGAAUCGGAGGGGACCUCAGGCAGCAGGCAGCUGGGGCCAUGGCCUCCGACCUGGACUUCUCCCCUCCCGAGGUGCCUGAACCCACAUUCCUGGAGAACCUGCUGCGAUAUGGACUCUUCCUGGGGGCCAUCUUCCAGCUCAUCUGUGUACUGGCCAUCAUUGUACCCAUUCCCAAGUCCCACGAGGCGGAGGCAGAACCAUCUGAGCCCCGAAGUGCGGAGGUGACGAGGAAGCCCAAGGCCACUGCUCCUUCUGCAAACAAGAGACCCAAGAAGGAGGCCAAGAAGAAGCGGUAGAAGAGGCGGCCUGUGGAGCCCGGUGGGCGGGCAAGGGCCUUGGGGGCAGCCCUCCCGGGGCUCAACGUUCUGUUCCCUCACUUUAUCCCGGGCUCAGGGUCUGAGGUGGCUGGGACGCCCUCUGACCACAGAGAUCUGGACAGUCACGAUAGUUCCCAGGGCCCGGUGGGCAGACCACCACUUCCUCUUUCUUCUGCUUCCAUGAUGGUUUAGGGCCAAGGGGACUAAAACACUCUGUGAGCAGAGACUGUCUUGGAAGUCUCUUCAGAAAUUGGGUCAGCUCACAGAGUUGCAUUUUCCUACUGAAUCCUCGUGUCCUGCCUUUAGUCACCCACGUUGUAGAUUUACACUGCAUUUUCGAUGCUGACAAGCCCCGCCCAUCUCCCAUUAUCUGUGCCCCGCAGAUCAGAUCUGCUAAUCAGUCACCUUUGUCUCUGCUUGUGCAGAUGGAGCUGGGCCAGGCCUCCCCUGUUUGUUUAGGUCAAGGCGCCAAAGCCACUGCAGUGCUAGGGGUCCCACUAGUACAACAGCCAGGCCUGAAAGAUGCCUGGAGUGAGAGCCAGUGGAAGACCCAGCCAGGGUGAUGCCCCAUCCUCCUCCAGCGCAUGGAAGGGAUUUGGCUGAAUGAGCGUGUUUUCUUGGGCCCAGACUUCCUGAGCAUCUGAAAUGGGGGAGGGCUUGUCAAUCUCAGACCCCCCUCUUUUCAGCCCAUCAUAGCACAUUCAACGUGCACCUUUUGGCUUCUGUCUGUGCCCCCUCCCACACCCCCAGUUCUUUCAGGCCCUGACCGGUGAGGAAAAGUCAUUUGGGGAAGUAAACGUUAAUAAACGGCCCCACACGCUGA